CCUCCUUCUCAGAGUUAGUUUGUGUGUGUGGAUGGAGCUGAAGUAGCCAAGAUGUCUGCUCGGGUUCUUGUAGCGUUGCUGGCUGUGUCCUGCGCUGUUUCUGCUCAGUCAGAUGUGGAGAACAAGGCGAAUGAGUUCCUGCAGAAGUUUGAUGAGGAGGCCACUCGGCGUAUGUACCAGUACUCGCUGGCAUCAUGGGCCUACAACACCAACAUCUCAAAGGAGAACUCCGAUAAACUGACACAACAGGGGGAAAUUUGGGGCAAAUUCUACACCCAGAUGUCAGAAGAGUCGUUGAAAUUCCCCAUCGACCAGAUCAAGGAUCCAGAAAUCAAAUUACAGCUCAUUUUGCUACAAGACAAAGGCUCUGGUGCCCUAUCCCCGGAUAAAGCUGCACAUCUCAGUAAGGUCAUGAGUGAGAUGAGUACAAUCUACAGCACAGCGACAGUGUGUCUCAACGACGACCCCUUCAACUGCCAGACUUUGGAGCCAGGCCUGGAACAUGUAAUGGCCAGCAGCAUAGACUACUCUGAGCGUCUGCAUGUGUGGGAGGGCUGGAGGAGAGUGGUGGGGAAGAGGAUGAGGCCUCUGUACGAAGACUAUGUGGAUCUGAAGAAUGAAGCUGCCAAACUAAACGGUUUUGAAGACUAUGGAGCUUACUGGAGAUAUAACUAUGAGACCAUUGAGGAUGAAGUUCAGUACAAGUACACCAGAGAUGAGCUGAUGGAAGAUGUCCGUUCUAUAUACAAGGAGAUCCUGCCCUUAUACAAGGAGCUGCAUAGCUAUGUAAGAGCCAGGCUUAUGGAAGUCUACCCAGGACACAUUGAUUCAGAAGGGCCUCUGCCAGCCCACCUCCUGGGUGACAUGUGGGGAAGAUUCUGGACCAACCUUUAUCCUCUAUCAAUCCCUUUCCCUAAUAAAGAAGAUAUUGAUGUCAGCAAUGCUAUGGUGGACCAGGGCUGGAGUGAGGAAAGGCUUUUCAAAGAAGCAGAGAAGUUCUUCAUGUCUGUGGGCCUGUAUAAGAUGUUCCCAAACUUCUGGAAUAACUCCAUGCUGGUGAAGCCUGAUGAUGGACGCAAGGUGGUCUGUCACCCCACAGCCUGGGACAUGGGAAACAGAGAGGACUUUAGGAUCAAAAUGUGCACUAAGGUCAACAUGGACGACUUCCUCACAGUGCACCAUGAGAUGGGUCACAACCAGUACCAGAUGGCUUACCGUAACCUGUCCUACCUCCUGAGGGACGGAGCCAACGAGGGUUUCCACGAGGCUGUCGGAGAAAUCAUGUCCCUCUCUGCCGCGACGCCCAAACACCUGCAGAGCCUCAAUCUCCUGGCUCCUGGCUUCAUUUAUGAUAGGGAAACAGAGAUUAACUUCCUGCUGAAACAGGCGCUCACCAUCGUGGCUACGCUGCCGUUCACCUACAUGCUGGAGGAAUGGAGGUGGCAGGUGUUUGCAGGGAACAUCACCAAGGAUAAUUGGAUGAAGCGCUGGUGGGAGAUGAAGAGGGAGCUGGUGGGGGUGGUGGAGCCAGUGCCGAGAGACGAGACCUACUGUGACCCGCCUGCUCUGUUCCAUGUAUCUGGAGACUAUUCUUUCAUCAGGUACUUCACGAGAACCAUCUACCAGUUUCAGUUCCAAAAAGCUCUCUGUGAUGCAGCUAAUCAUCCUGGUGCCUUAUCUACAUGUGACAUUACCAAUUCUACAGUAGCAGGAACCAAACUAAGGAAUAUGUUAGAGCUUGGCAGGUCCAAGUCCUGGACCAGGGCUUUGCAUACGAUAUCCGGUGAUUUUAAGAUGGAAGCCCGCCCCCUGUUGGACUAUUUCCAACCACUCCAUGACUGGCUGAAGGCCGAGAACAAGAAACACAACAGGACUGUAGGCUGGAAGACAGGAAUAGAUCCAUAUUCAUCGUAUGCCAUUAAAGUAAGGAUAAGUUUGAAGGCUGCCAUGGGCGAUAACGCUUAUUCCUGGGAUGCCAAUGAGCGGUACCUGUUCAAGGCCAACAUUGCGUACGCUUUGAGGCAGUACUACAGCCAAAAGAACGAGACCCUUCAGUUCACAUCAGAGAACGUCCUUGUGUAUGAAGAGACUCCCAGAAUCUCUUUCUACAUUGUGGUCACCAACCCAUCAAGUCCAACCGUAUAUAUCCCAAAGGAUAAUGUGGAGGCUGCCAUACGGUUAAGUCGAGGCCGAAUCAACCAGGCCUUCAAAUUGGAUGACAAGACGUUGGAGUUUGUGGGUAUCCCAGCAACACUGGCCCCUCCCGUGGAGCAGCCGGUGACGGUGUGGCUGGUGGUGUUUGGGGUUGUCAUGGGAGUCGUGGUGCUAGCUGGCGUCUACCUUGUCAUCUCUGGUGUCAAAGAGCGCAAGAAGAAAUCUGCAAAGAAAGACAGCAUGGAGAAUCCGUACGAUACAAACAUUGAUGGAAAAACUAACAAAGCCUUUGAGGUCAGUGACGAUGAACAAACUGGAUUCUGAGUCCACUGAAGAAGAGAGAAGGUUUCCUAAAUGCUUGCCUCUUGUCAAACAUCCAAUAAUUGCGUAAUGUGUUUAUGUGUGAAAGUUUUAGUUUAUAGAGUUAUUUAAAGUAUAUAAAAGUAUACAU